ACACUGAGAGACACCAUUUUGGAAAAGCAAACAUUAGUCGGUUAAUACUCAAAUUUUUUUACUGGCAAAUUUACUGUCCAUCCAGAGGAGGAAGAGAAACGCGUACAUAAGCAGUUGUGUCUCAACGAUAGUCUGUUUAUGGGUUUUAACAGUGGAUAUUUAAAUUAAACAGCAUUUUUUAAUCUAACCCGAACGGCCGGGCCUGCUGCUGCUGGCUGCUGCUGGAGGACGUCGUGGACCGCUCGGCACUCGUCGGAGCGGCUGCGGUGUUUCGCUCGGCACCCAGACUCCGGAGCCUCGCGCCUUAGCUGUGCUUCGCACGUUGCGGCCCAGAUUCCGUGAUACAUACUGCGCGCUUUCGUUUGAAAAGCGCCGGGACAUCAGCCGCUACGCAAAAAUGGACGGAGAGGAGGAGGAAUUCUUUCCCGGAAGCCGCUCAGGUGACGGCGGCGGCACCCCAGUGCAGGACGAGCUCGCGCCCGGCUCCGACGUGGAGGAGGACUCCAAGAGUGACGCCGCCCACUUCCACAUGGAGGAUGAAGGUAGUGAGGCAGAGCGUGAGACUUGUACAAACCAAAGCACUCAAAAUCACAGUGGCUCAGAGAAUGAGAACAGCCCUGAUCAAGGUGACAGUGACUCAGACAAAGAAGAUAAUUACAACAGUGACUCGGAGCACGAGGCUCCAAAACCUGCUCCCAGUGAUACAGAUGAAGUUGAUGCUCCCAGACCCAGAGGGAGCACCUCUGAAAAUGAGGAAAGGGUAGAAUGGCAUGCUAGUGACUCUGACAAUGAAAAACAUUUGCGAUCCCAGAGACUGAACUCUAAUGCUGGGAGUGACUCUGAGAAUGACUCCCCUAAGCACAAAAGAGAUGCUGGAUCUGACGACGAGAAAGUGGUUAAAAGCCAGGGGAAGAGGAAGGCUGUGAUGGCCACGGACAGUGAGGAAGAAGAGAGCCAGACUCGCGAUGCAGGCGGCAGCCAAGAAGAAGAGGACAGCAAGGGCCACCUGGAGGACAGUGAAGAAGAAAAACCAGCAAAGAGGAAGAAGGCCAUACUUUCGGACAGUGAGGAUGAGGAGACUGAAAAGCAACCAGUGGUGAAAAAAAGCAGACAGUUGUCAGAAGGUGAAAACUCGGACAGUGAUGCGGGUUCAGAUUCUCCUGCAAAAUCAUUGGCAGCAAAGUUGCGGGAGCUUGGAUCAGACACUGAGGAUGAUGAGGAUAGGACGAAGAAUGAAGAUAGAAAAAAGGAUCAGAAGAACUUGUUUGGUAGUGACAGUGACUCGGAUGAUGAAGAGAAGAUGAUUGCAGACAUCUUUGGAGAAUCUGGGGACGAAGAUGAAGAGGAGUUUACAGGCUUUAACCAGGAAGACCUGGAAGGAGAAAAGAACCAAUCAGAAAAUUUUGGGAAGAAAGAAUUACCUGAGGACUCAGAUUCAGAUGAUGAUGUUGAAAGAGGGGGAAAAGAUCCUAAUUUUGUGUCGGACUUUGACAUGAUGCUUGCACGGAAGAAGGCUCAAAGUGGAAAGCGGAGACGAAACCGUGAUGGGGGAACGUUCAUCAGUGAUGCCGAUGAUGUAGUCAGUGCCAUGAUUGCCAAGAUGACUGAGGCAGCAGAGGAGGACAGGGCACUGAACAAUCAGAAGAAACCAGCUCUGAAGAAACUGACUCUCCUGCCAACUGUGGUUAUGCACCUGAAAAAACAAGAUUUGAAGGAAACAUUUAUAGACAGUGGUGUGAUGACAGCCAUUAAAGAGUGGAUCAGUCCUUUGCCAGACAAGAGCCUUCCUGCCCUCAAGAUUAGGGAGGAACUCCUAAAAAUUCUACAAGAGCUGCCUAGUGUAAGUCAGGAAACACUGAAGCACAGUGGAAUUGGGCGGGCUGUCAUGUUCCUGUACAAGCAUCCAAAAGAGUCAAGGUCUAACAAGGAUCUCGCUCUCAGGCUUAUCAAUGAAUGGUCAAGGCCUAUUUUUGGCUUAAGCUCCAACUACAAAGGCAUGACUCGAGAGGAGAGGCAGCAGAGGGACCUGGACCAGCAAGUGGCACCUCGUCGCCACCUCAGCUCUGGGGGGCAGACACCACGCAGAGACCUAGAGAAAGUGCUGACUGGGGAGGAGAAAGCACUCCGGCCAGGUGAUCCUGGGUUCUGUGCCCGAGCAAGGGUUCCCAUGCCAUCAAACAAGGACUAUGUUGUUCGGCCAAAAUGGAACGUGGAUGUGGAAACUAAUCGGGCUCCAGUCAAGAGAGGCCUGUCUCGUGUGGAUAAGCAGAUGCGCCGCUUUGCCGACAUCAGGCGUCUGAAAAGGACUGGCCAUGCUGUUAAAAUAAGUGUUGAGGGAAACCGGAUGCCUCUUUGAUUUUAGGAUUUUUUAAAAAUCUGUGUUGUCUCUUGCUUCCUUCAGGCGCAUUUAGUCCGGAGCAUAAUGUGAAGCUUCUCAGGCUGGAAAUGGAUUGGUAAAUGCUGUUUGUUCUGGUUAGAUAUGUCUUGUCUGAUGAGACUGUGCAGCAAUAAAAGGUUACUGUUGUCUCAGAAACUCUGCCAAAAAUGGUUGUGUAUUUCAAUUUUUUUAAUGUAUAAUAUCUCAAAGUACAAAUAACCUAUUGUUAAACUGCCUAUUUCCUUCAGUUUAUCACAGUAGAUGGA